AUGAAGCAAGACUCUUUCAUGGACAUCGAAGUUCAGAACGACUUCGAUCUUCUAACUCUCAGCGACGGAUCCCUCCCUGAUGACAUCUCGACUGAUGGCUCCGAGCUUUUCGGCUACGCACAAGCGCCUCGAUCCCGGAAGGGGAGCAUGGACUCCGACGAGAUCCUCCUCAACCAGGAGCUUGGAUACUACAUCGAAGGUCCCUGCAGGGAGAAGCAGCUGAACGCCUUGAGGCACUGCAUCGAGCUGCUGAGCAGACCGGUGAAGCCAGAGAUCGUAUCGGCGACUGGAGGCAUUCUAUUACUUUAA